AUGUUCUGUGAUUCAUUUUCCUCAGGGAGAGCUGGGGGGCGUUUGCCUGGGGACGCUGAUUUGGGUGCUGUUUCAGCCAGCCCCCUCUCUCCUUCCCAGCACGACGAGAUAGAGCUGUUGGGCCAGGAUGGCCACAUCUACAGGGGCCAGCGGGGCGAGCAGCUGCCUGUGCUCGUGGGCAAGGAGGGGCCAAGCCCAAGCUGUCCCCGAGGCAGUGGGACACCAGGGACACCGGCCGCCUGCUCUCCCGGGCCCAGAGUGCUGGGUCCUCACUUAGCCAGCCAGGCACCUCCACCUCACCAGAGACCAGCCCAGCCUCAUCCCACGGCCACUCCGCCCAGGAAUGGGAGCUCCUCCAGCCCUUGGACAGAUCCAGCACCCCGGAAGCCAGGCAGGACUGGGGGGCCCCGACUGAACCCCCACCACAUCGUCCACCAAGCAGGCGAGGAAGCAUCUCUGGCCAGCAUCAAUAAAGGGCGAUGGGCAGCCAAGCACCUGCGUGGCCUGAGUGGGGUGGCCCUGGGCCGGGAUCUUCCCAUCAUGCAUAAGGAGGGGUCGCAGCAUCCCUUGUCCUGCAGCCACAGGAGGCCAGAGGAGCUGAAACCAGCCCCUGUCCAACCCCCAUCCCGGCGUCUGUGCCAGCCCCGUGCUGCCACACUCCCCCUGACAUCCCCUGGCCUCCAUGACCCCCUUUUUGGCUCUGAUGGCCCCUGGCACGGAGCUCGUGGACCCCAAAAGGGUCUGGGGGAGCCCACACUAAAGCAGGAGGAGGAUUACGCUCCAUUGCUGCUGAAGGUGGUGGGAGAUGUAGGGACUGUGGUUGGAGAUGGGGACCGCAGUGGGAAGGGUGGCAGCAGGACAUGGCUUCACGCCAAAAGCCAAUCCCACCCCAAGCCCGCUGGUUUGCUAUUGCUUAUCCUGCGGGAUGAGCAUCACUGAGCAGGAUUCCUUAUCUGCUCAUGGAUUGUCACCCCCUUGUCCCCUUCCACUGCUGCCAUUGAUGGAAAGAGGAAGGCACUGACCCCACUGCUGCCGGGCUCGGGGCAGCUGAUGAUUCCCACCUCCGGAGUGAAGCACCAUAACCCCACCAGCCAUGGGGACACACAUCCCCUCCUUUCUCUCAUGCCACCCCUAUUGCUUGGGGCUACUUUUCCCCAGCCCCUUUCUGCCACCCCUCACCAUCAGAUGGGAGAAAGGCCCAUGGCAUGCUGAGACCUGGCAUAAGUCAUGUCACAGAUGGAGAGGUACCGGGCAGGGAAACUGCAGUCCCUGGAAGCAACAUGGUGGGGGGACCUGGGGGUGUCACAGCACAAAGUGUAAAGUGCCGGGGACAGCCCCAACUCCCCCGGGCACACACGCAGUGACAUGGAGGGGGGGGGGACAGACACCAAGCGGGUGGCACCGCUCGGGUGAGUGGGAGGGUGGGAAACCCUGAGGGGAACCCCAGAGUCAGCCUGGGGGGACCCAGGCACCUGGGGAGCAUCCCCUCACCCCGCCAUGGUGUGUGCUGGGGGCUGCUCUGUGGAAAAACUGCUCCCCUACCUCUCCCUAAAUUCAGGCGAGGAAGCACCCAAAGCUCCCCCCAACAAUGGCAGACCCCAUCCCUGCCCACCUCACUGCAGGCUCCAGGCACCUGAGCU